CAAAUUGCUCUGCUCCCAUAAAUUUCAAAACCUACCCGCACGUGCCGAAAUAUAAAUGGCUCUUAUCUCACCACUCAUAUGACGAAACGUGUUUUCGGGCAUUUCCCGUCACAUAAAAAUUAAAAUAGCAAAAUAGAUUUAUUCGGGCCAAGAAAUAUCUAACCUCUGUAGUAGUGUAUGGUAUGCUAGCCAUCUCAAAAGUCCAAUCUCUAAAAAAUCUUGUACAUAACUUGUUCUGCUCUGCUACAUCAGUUCGGCUCUAUCUUUCUUGAUUAUACUGAGUUGCUUGAUCAUCUUUUUUCUGCAACCUAAAAUAAUGAAGCUUCACAGUCUGUUUGCGGCUUUCUGUUUUUGGGCCGUCAUAUGCUCCUUAUUUCCUUCUACUGAUGGCCUAAGGAAAAUUAGCCUGAAAAAGAGGCCUUUGGACCAAUCAACCAUUAAUUCUGCCAAACAAGCUCGAUUGGAGGGGAAGAACGGGUUAGGUGUUGGUAACAGGCAACUCAAACUAAGUGAUUCAAAUGGAGAUAUAGUCUACUUGAAGAACUACUUGGAUGCGCAAUAUUAUGGAGAGAUUAGUAUUGGCUCACCUCCUCAGAAAUUCACUGUUAUAUUCGACACUGGCAGUUCCAAUCUGUGGGUCCCCUCUGGAAAAUGUUACUUCUCAAUUGCUUGCUAUUUCCAUUCAAGGUACAAGUCCGGCAAGUCCAGUACAUAUACAAAGAUUGGAAAGCCUUGCUCGAUCAGUUAUGGCUCUGGUUCAAUCUCUGGGUAUUUUAGCCAGGACAAUGUUGGAGUUGGUGAUGUUGUUGUCAAAGAUCAAGUUUUCAUUGAGGCUACACGAGAGGGAAGCCUUACCUUUGUCUUGGCAAAAUUUGAUGGAAUACUUGGGCUUGGUUUUCAGGAAAUAUCUGUUGGUGAUGCAGUCCCAGUUUGGUACAAUAUGGUGGAUCAAGGUCUGGUUGAAGAGAAGGUAUUUUCUUUCUGGUUUAACCGUGACCCUGAGGCAGAAGUGGGAGGUGAAUUAGUUCUUGGGGGAGUUGAUCCGGAUCACUUCAAAGGAAAUCACAGUUAUGUCCCUGUGACAGAAAAGGGGUACUGGCAGUUUGAAAUGGGUGAUUUCCUCGUUGGGAAUCAGUCGACUGGUUUUUGUGAGGGUGGUUGUGCUGCUAUUGUUGAUUCUGGAACAUCCUUGCUUACUGGUCCAACUACUAUUGUCACGCAAAUCAAUCAUGCCAUUGGGGCAGAAGGCGUUGUCAGCACCGAAUGUAAAGAAAUUGUCUCUCAAUAUGGAGAGAUGAUUUGGGACCUCCUCGUUGCUGGGGUAAAUCCUGAUCAAGUUUGUUCACAAGUAGGACUAUGUUUUUCUGAUGGGGCCCAGUCUUUGAGCUCAAAUCUUGAAAUGGUUGUGGAUAAGGACAAUGAGGGAAAAUCAGUUGGAGACAAUCCAUUAUGCAGUGCUUGUGAGAUGGCUGUUGUUUGGAUGAAGAAUCAGCUGAAGAAUGAAGGAGUUAAGGAUAAAGUGUUGGAUUACGUGAAUAAGUUAUGUGAGAGCAUACCGAGUCCAGGAGGAGAGUCCAUAAUUGAUUGCAAUGCCAUAUCAAACAUGCCUAAUGUUACCUUUACAAUUGGAGGGAAAACGUAUGAUCUCUCUCCAGAACAGUACAUUCUAAAAACUGGUGAAGGCAUUGCAGCUAUUUGCAUAAGUGGCUUCAUGGCUUUGGAUGUGCCACCUCCUCGAGGACCCUUGUGGAUUCUUGGAGAUGUGUUCAUGGGCGCAUAUCACACUGUAUUCGACUAUGGAAAUCUUCGUCUGGGUUUUGCCGAGUCUGCUUGAACAAAUUCAUGUCUUUGUUCAUUGUUGUUUCUGAGAAGGGCCAACGGGUUGUGUAAUUAUGUUAUGUAAGGAUGAUAAUAUUAGCUGAUGUACCUCAUCCCCAUGCAUAGAUGAGAGAUUACAUGUGUUAUUAUCUCUUUUCAAUAGUACAUGUGAUGUAUAAAAUGUUGGGAUUUCGGAUGAUGUUUUCAUGUGAUUAAGGCGUCAUCAUUGUAUGAUUUAACUGACUGUACUUGUUUCCUUGAGACAGGCUUGUUUGGUUGUUGUCGAAUGACUUUAUCCUAGGAAAUUUUAAAAAAUACUAUCAGGUUAUUCAAAUAAUAUCUAAAUUCUCCAUUUCUAUUCCAAAAAAGUCACAAUUUGGA